GUAUGACCCAAAAAAUAUUCCGCGUGGUUUGAAAAAAAAAUAGUUUAACAUAUAUAAAAAUGAAAAGAGAUUAUUAAAAUGAAGUUUAAAUUAUUAUAAUAAAAAUAUACAGGAGUAUUAAUUGAAAAAAUAUAAUGUUCAUUUCAAUAUAUUCCAUUUAUUUCAACAUUUUUUUUCAAACAUAUUUUAUUGUUUCCAAACAUUUGAGUUGAAUGUUUGAACAUUAUUCUCUUAAAAUAUAUCUGGCAUUGAUCAAUCUUUUCAANAACCAGGGCGUGGUGGACCCCUCCAACGGCAUUGUCUACAAAAGCCUGCUGGACGCCCAGCUGGACGCCGUCUACUCCGCCGCGAGCGCCGCCGGGUUCGGGGACGUGAAGCUGGUGGUCUCGGAAACCGGGUGGCCGUCGAAGGGGGACGAGGGCGAGACCGGCGCGAGUGCGGCCAACGCGCAGGCGUACAACGGGAAUCUGGUGAGGCGAGUGCUGACGUGCCGCGGGACCCCCUUGAGGCCCGACAUGCCCCUCAGCGUCUACCUGUUCGCACUGUUCAACGAGGACCAGAAGCCGGGACCCACAUCCGAGAGGAACUACGGGCUUUUCUACCCGAACGAGGAUAAGGUGUAUAGCAUCCCGUUGGGCCUGGAGAGCGGGCCCGUUAACAACGGAAGCAAAGUCCAGGUAGUGCCGCCGGCGGCGGCGGGGCAGACGUGGUGCGUGGCACGCGCCGACGUCGGGAGGGAGAGGCUGCAGGCGGCGCUGGACUACGCCUGCGGAGAGGGAGGAGCGGAUUGCACGGAGAUCCAGCCGGAGGCCGCCUGCUACUACCCCAAUACGAUCGACGCCCAUGCUUCUUACGCAUUCAACAGCUACUAUCAGAAAAAUUCACGCGCUUCCGGCACGUGUCACUUUGACGGUGCCGCCUAUGUCGUCACCCAGACUCCCAGGGAGACCUCGGCAACGGUGUUGAGGUUGAGGAUUUGUUUGGGGCAAAAGACACCGGCCUUCGCACGGGUGAUCAUGGGAUGUGUGGGGAGAGGGAGUGGGGCUGUAUCGGGUGAAGGGAGUGGNGUGGGCCGUGGAGGAAUUGGGAUUGAGUUGAGGGCCGUGGGGGUUGUGGGGCUGGGGAGUGGGUGGGAUUGGGUGGGCCGAGCGGGAAAGGGGGGUGGGAUCUGGAGAGUUGGGCUGGGAUAUUGGGUUGGGAGUAUGGGGAUUUUGAUAUUGGAGGUAUGGGCAAUUGCAGAUUCAAAACGGCAAGGUUAUCUAGGUUUUAAUGAAUUUGUGAUUGCUAUGCAGUUAGUGUCGUUGGCCCAAGCUGGACAAGAAAUCACCGUUGAUCUUUUGGAUGCAAAAGUUGACUUCAAAAACAUAGAGCCGCCAAGGAUGGAAGGUUUAGAUACACUACUGGAACAGAAAAAUCAUGUGCCAAAAAGUGAACCCGAGCUGAAUGUCAGCCCUCUCAGACAAUCCUCCUCUCAAGCAGCUAGUUGGUUUCAGUCGUCAAAAUCUGCAAAGAAGGUCUCUAUAAGCUCUGUGACAUCAAUAAUUGAUGGAUUGAAAAAGUUAUACAUUCAGAAUCUGAAGCCACUAGAAGUUACAUAUCGCUUUAAUGAAUUUGUAUCUCCCUCAUUGACAAACAGUGACUUUGAUGCUAAACCGAUGGUGAUGCUUUUGGGUCAAUAUUCUACGGGGAAGACAACUUUUAUUAAGCAUCUGCUUAGGAGCACUUAUCCAGGAGCUCACAUUGGGCCGGAACCUACAACAGAUAGAUUUGUUGUUGUUAUGAAUGGACCUGAUGAAAGAAGUAUUCCAGGGAACACAAUUGCCGUUCAAGCAGACAUGCCAUUCAGUGGUCUAACAACUUUCGGAACAGCAUUUUUGUCAAAAUUUGAAUGUUCUCAAAUGCCUCAUCCUCUGUUGGAGAACAUUACAUUUGUUGAUACUCCUGGAGUUUUAUCUGGAGAAAAGCAAAGAACACAACGGAGCUAUGACUUUACUGGUGUGACAUCUUGGUUUGCUGCCAAGUGUGACCUCAUCCUAUUGUUAUUUGAUCCUCACAAACUUGAUAUCAGUGAUGAGUUCAAACGUGUAAUUUCUUCUCUCCGAGGCCAUGACGAUAAGAUAAGGGUUGUUCUGAACAAGGCUGAUCAAGUUGAUACUCAACAACUUAUGCGGGUUUAUGGGGCAUUGAUGUGGUCCUUGGGCAAAGUCCUUAACACUCCCGAGGUCAUGCGUGUUUACAUUGGGUCAUUCAAUGACAAGCCUAUAAAUGAGGCCGCUACUGGUCCGCUUGGGAAAGAGCUUUUUGAAAAGGAACAAGAUGACUUACUGAGUGACUUGAGAGACAUACCAAAGAAAGCUUGUGAUUGCCGCAUAAAUGAAUUUGUGAAGCGUGCCAGAGCUGCCAAGAUCCACGCGUAUAUCAUCAGUCACUUGAAGAAGGAGAUGCCUGCAAUGAUGGGCAAAGCCAAAGCUCAACAGAGACUUAUUGAUAACUUGGCUGAUGAAUUCGCAAAGGUUCAGAGGGAACAACAUCUGCCUGCUGGGGAUUUCCCAAAUGUUGAACACUUCAAGGAAAUUCUGAGUGGCUACAACAUGGAUAAGUUUGAGAAGUUGAAGCCUAAAAUGGUACAAGCUGUGGAUGAAAUGCUUGGAUAUGACAUCCCUGAGCUUCUCAAGAAUUUCAGGAACCCUUAUGACUGAGACUGACUGACUAGGCCACACCACAUCUCAGACUCUACCAGAGCUGUAAGCUGUUCAGGUGUAGUACACACUACACACAGUACACUCAAUUGUUUUGUACCAUCAUUAUAGUUGAAUGAGCUUCAAUGGUGUCAUACAAGUAUAUAUGGCUUUAAAUCAUUGAUUAACUUUAUUUGAUUCUUUCUUUUUCUUUGUUGAUAGUGUCAGUGUUUUC